AUGUCGUCAAACCGACAAACCAGUUUCGAAAGGUCUCUGGACCUCUUUCGCCGAGAGCUUUCUGAUGAUCAGAUCAAGCAAAUGGAUGGGGCCAAUCAGGACACCCUGAAAGACACGAUCCAGACAGCUCAGAAUAUAUUGGGGCGCAGAAAUGGCCUUUGCAAAUUGUCCCGCAUCCAAAGAUUCCUCCAAGCGAUGGAGCACAUUGAGAAGCUUGUCACAAUCUUCCUCAAUGCGAGUGACUUUGUGGCUUUUGUUUGGGGACCGAUCAAGCUGGCGCUUAUGGUUGCCACCACUUGGACAGACGCUAUCAGGCAGCUGAUUGACGCUUACGAAGAGAUCGCAGAAGCGCUAGGUAACCUUGCCUUCUUUCAUACCCUCAUUCAGAGUAGAGAUCACUUGAAGUUGAUUUUGGAGGAUUAUUUCUCUGACAUCCUUCGAUUCCAUCGAUGCGUUCUUGAUGUUUUUUCUCGUCCAGAGUGGAAAAGAAUCUUCAAAUGGGCAUGGGGAAGCUUUAGACGCGAAAUCAAGCCUAUUCUUGAAAGUCUCAGACGCAAACAGGCUCUCUUAUCAGACGACAAGCUGCAAUCCCACGCUAUCCUCAAAGAGGUCCAAGACUCUGAUCAGUACGCCAAAAGCCAGUUCAGUAGUCUACAAACCAGUCUCGAAGAGAUAAGGUCUACCUUGGCUUCUGAGCAUUUAAAAAGCAAGACUAUACGAGCGCAGGAAAUUAAGACCUACUUAGAAAGUCGACUCGAUGUCUCAAAAUCCCGGAGUGAUCUUCAACUGGAAACACCUGAUCCUAUACUUGAGAAUUCCGGUAACUGGAUAUUCUCCGAUCCGAUCUUCAAAUGCUGGGAAGUGGGAAAAUCUUCAGAAAAUAGGAUUUUGUUCCUUAACGGCUCUCCUGGUUCUGGAAAGUCCACCUUAGCGAAGACACUCAUUCGUCAUGAAAAGCGAAAACAAGCAGCUGAGUCUUCUGGGAGAAGCUGCCUAGCUUAUUUCUUUUUCAAGCACGACGUAUCGAACCGAAGAGCGGCUCGAUCCAUGCUUCAACAUCUCAUCAUGCAGCUCGUCAACGCAGACGAAACUAUAAUGGGAUUGGUCUAUGAGAAGCUGUCUACUAUGGAAUCCACUGAACUUGCCGAUCUGAAAAAACUUGCAAGUGACUGCUUUACCGCUCGACCAAUAGCAACAAUCGUUCUUGAUGGACUAGACGAGGCAAUGGACAAUGAAAAUGAGGUUUCCAUAAACUGGUGUCUCAACGAACUCUUCCCUAGGGAUGGACGACUUGAUGCCCUUUUGUCUUCCUAUCCCCAGAUCCGACUUGACAAGGUUGAAGAUCACAAAAAGGACAUCGAGCAGUUCACCAAAGGCCGGGCUGCGAAGAUACGGGCUAGGUUCUCAUUGACACGGGAGGAAGAAGAAAGUUUGAUUUCGAAAAUAUCAGGCGCAUCUGAAGGCAUGUUUCUGUAUGCACGAGUGGUACUCGACAACCUUGCGGCGAUGGACUCCAUACAAGAAUUUGAAGAUGAACUUGAAGGAGAAACAUUUCCAAAAGACUUGGACCAAGCUUACGACCGCAUCGCUCAACGUAUCCUGAAUAAACAUGGACCCUCCCGUCGUGGGACUGUCAAGAAGAUCCUCGGUUGGGUCAUCUGCGCGACCAGACCCCUUCGAUGGCGCGAGAUACAGUCACGAUUCUGUAUCGAUGCAGAGAUGCAGACUUGUAACAUGAGGAAUCUGCGUCGAGAUAGCUGCAAAAGCAUAUGCAGCUCUCUCGUUGACGUCACGGACUGCGACAUGUUUCCUAACAUAGAAUCUGAGCAGUUCAUCAGCAUGGUGCAUGAAACAGCAACCACAUACCUUGUUCGCAAUGGCACAGUCAACCUGUUCCAGGAACAUAUUGACAUGGCGCUCUUUUGCUAUCGCUAUCUAUCCUCUCGACCUUUUACCACGAGCAAGAGCCACUGCCGAUAUUCAAAAUCUGAGGCUUUAGAGCUUUCGACAGAUUCGGCACUCAAAUUAGAGGCUACCAAAAAAGCAACGCUUGAUUUAGCCAAAGCAAUGUGCAGAGAUUCUGCCGUUGAACCAGAAGAGAGUGAUAGGGCAGCCCAAGAUCUGAAAUCGGCCAUUGAAGAGAAUGUGCUCACUGUGCGAACCCUUAUCGGUCUGCAACGAGAGAAGUCUGAAACCGCCAUUAUCGCCACCGAGGGGCCAUUGAGGUACAAGUGUCACAGGGUUCUGUGUGCAAAGUUUGCCGUAGGGGUUCCAAGCGAAGCGGCACUCAAGAAACACCUUGCAGCACACGAGCGGCCUUUCAGGUGCCCCCAUAGUGAUUGUUUCGCGCAUACAGUUGGCUACGCUUCCCCAAAGCGACUGGAAAGUCACAAUGAGGCUUUCCAUCACAAUACAACUAAGCCCAAAGCAAUCUUUCCUACGGGGUUGGAGACAGGAAAGUUGGAUCUUUACGAGGCCUGUAAUGCUGGCGACCUAGAUGAGGUUAAGAGAUUUCACCGUGAGGGAGCCGAUAUUCAUGGCAUCGUCAGAACUUUUGUCACGCCGCUUUGUGUUGUUGUCGAGGCUGGACAUGGCCAUAUUUGCAGAUACCUAGUCGAUAACGGGGUCGACCCUUUUCAUUUCACGUGCAAAGGUAGGGUCGAGAAAGUUCCAGUCGGUCGGGCGAUUCACUUAGAACGUCUAGAGAUUUUAGAAUUCUUUCUGCUGCAUGGAAAUGGCCCAGACGAUUCGACUUUGGCAGAGAACAUUGCGCGGGCUAUACACGCGCGCAGCCCAGUCGCAUUGAACAUGUGUCUGACCAUCAGACAGCCAAGAGACCAUGAGAACGUGAUCAAGGCUGUUCUAUAUGAGCUGAUAUCCCAGAGGCCCAGUAGAUUCGCCGAAGCAGACUCUCACUCAUUGGAUACCACUUUAGUACAUACCUGGUUCCGAUAUGUCAAACCAGUGUUUUACAAUAAGGAAGGGACUUUAACAGCACAGUACGACUGUGCGGAGUACAAGAUCUGGAGAGACAUAUUUUUUCGACAACUCGAUUACUUUCACAUGGCACUUGAGAGGAGAUGCUACUCUGUUGCCGCAUUUCUAAUGGAUAUCGCGAAUGAUGAAUAUCUCCAACUCAAACAUCGGAAUGGGGGCACACCAUUGCAUUCCUGCAUAAGAUGGAUGUGCGAAGGGGACUGCAGUAGCUGUAUGUCCAUGAUUUGGCGCCUUAUUCAAUACGACGGUUGUAAAUUCGCCAAUACUACAGACAGUGCUGGCAGACUACCGUUACAUACAGCACUGAGGUUUUCUGUUUCGCAAGCUGCUUUGCGAGUGGUUGUUGACCAUACAGAGGAUAUCAACGGCAAAGACAAUUCAGGCCAAAGUCCAUUACACACGGCAAUAUACAAGAACAAAUCCACUCGAUCGAUUCGCGUGCUGAUAGAGAAGAAGUCUAUCGAUCUCUUCAGUCGAAACAACGAAGGCCAGACCGCAUUUUCAGCGUUAUCCAGAGGUGCCUUUUACGGUGAUGUUCUAGGCGCUCUCGAGACUCUCUUUGAAGCAGACCCAAGACUUGCAUGGACACCAGACGAAUCCGAGGGUGGGCUCACACCAUUACAUCAUGCAAUAGAACGGUUGGAUAAUCAGCAACUAAACUUGUACCGUCUACGAUCCGCACCCAGAGUAGCCAAGAGAGUAGCCAAGUUCUUACUUACAUGUUCCGAAGUGAAACGAAUCCUGGUGGAAUAUCAAGCCAAGUCGAGUGAUGCCGAUCAGAGAAAGGUGCGAGACUUUGCAGAGGAGGAGAUGUUACGAGAAGCACUGGACAUCAUGGAUUCACUUGGAUUUAACCCAAUCUGA